ACUAUACAUUGUUUAUUAGAAUACUUGUAUGUCACUAAAAAUCCAUCGGAAAAAUAUCACAAACUAAGUUAAAUGGAAUGCAACAUUGAACUUAUCGUAUUUAGGAAAAUAUUCCAUUGAAUUUUUUUUUAAUUCCUAUGUUUUUUAUGUUAUUCAUCGUGUCGAGCUAGAGGGUCCCACAAAACGCGGAAUUUCCCUUUUAAUUCCACAUUUGACUUUUGUAAAACAUUACUCUCUCUCUCUCUUAUAACCUUUCCAUUUCCUUGAAGCUCAAAGCACAUGGUGAAGCCAUGAAAUUCAUAAUUCCCAAAAUACCCUUCAUCCUCUCUGUCCUCCUCUCCCUGUCCCUCCUCCUCCUCUUCUUCUUCGCCUUCCCCUCCUCCUCCCUCCUCCGCCCCUCCGCCGCCGGAGACAUCCGUAUCCGCCGACGAUAUUCCUCCUACGACGCGUACAUCCACCACCAGCUCAACAAAACCCUCAACCCCAAGCUCCGCAAGGUCUGGACCACCCGCGACUGGGACCGUAAGGUUCGAGUGUUCUCGUCCUUCUUCCUCCGCCUCAGAUCUCGAGGGCUCUUGUCCAACCACUCCAAGUGCCUCUCCAUCGGAGCUCGGGUCGGGCAGGAGGUGGCGGCGCUGCGGCGGAUCGGAGUCCCCGACGCCAUCGGCAUCGACCUCGUCGCCUCGCCGCCUCUCGUCGUGGAAGGUGACUUCCACGCGCAGCCUUUCCCGCGCGACACGUUCGACUUCGAGUUCUCUAACGUCUUCGACCACGCACUUUACCCGGAGAAGUUCGUCGGAGAGAUCGAACGGACCCUGAAGCCGGGAGGGGUCUGCGUCUUACACGUGUCGACAUCUGGACGCACCGAUAAGUACUCUGCUAAUGAUUUGCUCAGUGUGAAGCCAUUGGUGCAGCUUUUCCGUGAGUCGAAGCUCCUGCAGGUGAGGAAGAUCGAUGGGUUUGGUCUUGACACUGAGCUCGUUUUCAGGAAGAAGAAGAGUUAAGAGAGAUUGAUUAUUUAUUUUCACAGAUUAAUUUGACCUUUCAAGUUCAAUCAUUAUUUAUUUUUUUCAAAAAAUAAAUUCUUUGUAUAUUUUCAAAAAUUUGUUAUAUUUAUUUCUAUAUUUAGCUGGGUUUUAGUCGAAGGAAUAAAUGCGGGUGAUAAUUGAUAUAUAACAUCAUAAAACCCAUAUAUGCUUCUUUCUUGUAUUAUGUGAAUUUGAUUAAUAGUUUAUAAUUCUCGUAA